UGAACUCAAGAUUCACCAUGAAUCUGUUAAUCAUGGCUCUUGUACUCUUAUUGACAACUGAGUGCCAAUCAAGAUAUGCUGGAGUCUCUUCAUUCGAGUCAGAAGUGAUCAAAGAAUUUGAUAACAUUUUAACUAUUGAGCCCACUAUUAAGAGGCUUUUGGACCUAAAGCCAACCAUAGAAGAGAUUAGGUCCAGCAAUCAGGUGAAUGAAAGACCUGUAAUUGGUAUCUUUACUCAGCCCUACAAUGACACUAGCGACUAUAUCAUGGCUGCUUAUGUUAAGUUCGUCGAAGCUUCUGGAGCAAGAGCAAUCCCAAUUGUCUGGAGAGACUCUGAUGAGGAUAUUCUGAAAUUAGUACCAAAAAUGAAUGGUGUUCUCUUCCCUGGAGGAGGUACUUCCUUAAAGAAUAAAGACGGAUCUCUCACUGAAUAUUCCAGAAAAGGAGAACUCGUACUCAAUAAAGUCAAAGAAUUAAACGAUCAAGGAAUUUAUUAUCCAAUUUUGGCAAUCUGUUUAGGAUUCCAAGAAGUUAGUCAGAUCGAGGCUCCAUAUGUUGACACCUUGGAGACAUACUAUUUUGAUGCAGAUGAUAUCUCAAACAAUGUGACGCUAAAAUCAACAAUAUCCGAAUCUAAACUGUUCAAUGAAAUGCCUCAACAUUUGAUCACUGCAAUCGAACAAGAAAACAUCACCUACAAUCAUCACCACGACGGAGUUCUCCCAUCGGCUUGGAACAACCACGCCGAGCUCAGAGACGCAUAUCACCUUCUCGGAGUAUCCUACGAUGAAAAAGACAUCGAAUACGUUGCCUUUGUCGAGAGCAAGAACUAUCCAAUCUGGGGUCUCCAAUUCCACCCAGAGAAGAACAUCUUCAUCUGGAAGCCCGACCUACACGUACCACAUUCGCCCACUGCUAUCGAGCUAAGCCAGUUCUUAUCAAACUUCUUCAUCAGAGAAGCUAGGAAGAACUUCAACCAGUUUGACUCAGACCAGGACGCCUUCGACCAUAUGAUCGAACACAUUGCUGUUGACUUAACCACUGCUGCUGCCCAGGACAUUUAUGUGUUUGAUAUUAACAACCAUUCUUAGAUGUCUGAU